UUAACAUUCUUUUGUAUUAUUACACGUACUGAUAGCCUUCUGGUAAAGAUAUCGAAUUAUCAUGUUGAAGAUCAGUUUGGUUGUACUUUUUUUCUGUGUUUGUUGUCGAGCUGGAGAGCCAGAAUAUCUCAUAGAAGAAAUUGAAAGGAAGUUGGAAGAUCUACAAUCCAUUCUGGGAAAAUCAGGUGAGACGUAUAUUAGAUGGGGGAAAACAUCAUGUCAAGAGGAGUCAAAGCUAGUUUAUGAUGGAUAUGCUGCUGGUAAGCGCCACAACAUUGGUGGGUCUGGUGCAAAUGCUCUGUGUUUACCAAAGGUUCCUGAAUGGAAAUAUUAUGAUGGUAGAGUGAACACAUGGACAGGUAGACUAUAUGGUAUCGAAUAUGAAAUCGGUCAGAAUAAGCCAUAUUCAAUGAAAUUUCAUGAUAAAGAUAUGCCAUGUGCUGUUUGCCAGUCUAAAAGAUCGACAGUCUUGAUGGUACCCGGUAAAGUUACAUGUCAUACCGGAUGGCAUAAAGAAUUUUCUGGAUAUCUCAUGUCGCAGGCUAGUAGAAAUGGCCGUACGCCAUCAGAAUAUAUCUGUGUUGAUGAAAAGUUGGAUUCUGUGCCUGGUGGAGAUGCAGACCGUAACGAGGCUGUCGUGUAUCCAGUGGAAGCUGCGUGUGGAAGUUUGAAAUGUCCACCGUACGUUAAUGGUAGGGAGCUUACAUGUGUUGUCUGCUCGAACUGGCAAAAAAAUACAUAAUCUGAAUUAAAAUAUAUGC